AUGUCUCCCACAAUUGUUCUCGUAACCGGUGCCAACCGCGGCAUUGGAAAGGGAAUCCUGGAGCGGUACCUCCAGAAGCCUAACCACACCGUGAUCGCUGCAAACCGCGAUCCUAGCCACCCGACGUCCAAGGAGUUAGAAUCCCUGCCCAAAGCCGAAGGUACCACUUUGCAUAUCGUCAAGAUCGAUGCUCUCUCCCCCACCGACCAGGUUGCCGCCGUGCAGGAGCUGGCCGCCAAGGGGAUCAAUCACAUCGAUAUCCUUAUCGCCAAUUCCGGUAUCGCUCUCACCUGGCCCAAGGUUGCGGAAGUCAAGGUGGACGAAAUCCAGCAGCAUGUCGAUGUCAACUUGUAUGGUUUUAUUCGGCUCUACCAGGCUUUUCGACCGGUUCUCAAGGAGGCCAAGGAGCCCAAUAACUAUAUUCCAAUGCAAAACGCUGCAUACGCCCCCACCAAACUCGUUCAGCACUGGUACACCAAAGCGAUCUCCGCGGAGGAUCCUUGGCUGAACGCCUUCCCUGUGGACCCUGGCUGGGUCCAGACCGCCAUCGGCAACCGAGGUGCUGAUUACUUUGGAUUCGAGAAGGCUGCUCUUACCAUUGAGCAGAGCUGUACCGGUGUUGUUAAGCUGAUUGACGCCUCUACUCUGAAGACGCACAGUGGAAAGCUGUUCAAGCACGACGGCAGCCAGGAGCCGUGGUAA